GACGGUGCCGCGGUGCGCGCGGCUGUUGCGGGUCCCUCAGAGCGCCCCGGCCGCCCCCGCCAUGCCGCGCCCCCGGGACCCGGAGGUGGCGGCGGUCCCCGCCGUCCUCUACAGCUACUGCAGCCUCCCGCGCACCCUGCCCGCCCGCCCCAAGUACCGGCCGCCGCUGGACGCCGCCGAGCCAGGAAAGGAGCCUGUUCGUUACAGCAACCUGAUGUACGACCCGAGAGUGGUGCGCGGCAACACUUACGCCCUUGAAGUCGUACCUGUGAGUACCCCACCCACUCCCUUUGAGAUUCAAAGGCAAAAGGAAGCAUGGAAAAGAGCACUGGCUAGGAAGCGUGCAAAAGAGCAAAUGCGACCCAAAGCACCUGAGCCUGUGGAAGGCAGAGAGCACGUUCAGGUGCAGACAGAACUGUAUUUGGAAGAGAUUAGCGAUCGGGUAAUCGAAGUUGAUGUAGAGUGUCAAACAGAUGCAUUUUUGGACAGACCACCAAGUCCGUUCUUCGUACCAGCCAAAACGGGAAAAGAUGUGGCCACACAAUUAGCAGGAGAGUUGUUUGACUUUGACAUUGAAGUCAAGCCGAUCCUGGAAGUGCUGAUUGGGAAAACGGUUGAGCAAGCUUUGCUGGAAGUCAUGGAGGAGGAAGAGCUGGCCCAGCUGUGGGCACAUCAGCGUGCCUAUGCAGAGCUGCGCAACGCAGAGCUUGCUGAAGUACAGCGCUUGGAAGAGCAGGAUAGGCGAUACAGGGAGGAGAAGGAACGUCGCAGACGCCAGCACAUGCAAAUGCUGAAGAAACAGAAAGAGACUGCAGAGAAAAUUGCAGCUCAGGCAUUUGCUAAGCAUUACUUGGCUGAUCUUAUUCCCUCGGUCUUCAACAAUCUUCGUGAGGGUGGAUUUUUUUAUGACCCUAUAGAAAGAGAUAUUGAGACAGAAUUCCUUCCAUGGCUGAUGACAGAAGUAGAAGAAGAACUAGAGGGGAAGGUUCUGGCAAGGAUAAUGCUUGACUCUUUGAUUCGUACAGUUGUUGAAAACCGCUUAGAAGCAUUUAGCCGUCAACCUCCGUCUGAUCAGCCAGAGGCACCUGCUGAAGAGCCCCAGCCACCAGAAGAGCCUCAGGCAGCAGAAGAGCCCCAGCCAACAGAAGAGCCCCACCCACCAGAUGAGCCCAAGCCAAGAGAUGCAGAACCCCAGAUGGCUGGUGAGACUGAUGCUGCUGACCAACCAGUCACAGAGAAAGAGGAGACUGACCAACCUGUUACUGAGCAACAGUCUUCACAACGCAUGUCUUUCCAGUUAGAAUUGGAAUAAGCAAGCACAGAAGACUUGGAAACUGAGUAACAAGCAGGCAAGUCAUCAAGUAAAUGGAGAUUAAUAUCUUAGAAGCAAUGAAUUCUUAUUGGUUUACAAGUAUUGUGCCCUAGCCAUGACGAAGGAUGAACCUAAGCAACAGUAGAGGAUUAAGGCAAGUUUUCCAUAGGCUGACAUUGCUGAUUUCAGACUGUAAGAAUCAACAGAGAGAGAUUACUGGGCAAUAAAUGUCAGUGACAUUCUAUCCCCUUCUACACAAUCCAAUCCAUCAAAAAACUGGGACAUUUACAGUUGAAAAGUAAUGCUGUCGCACAUCCUGUGCCAGAAGGUCAUGAGGAGGACAUAGAAAGCAUCCUAGUUACCUUUGCAAAUGCUUUGAUAACGUUCUCAGAACACAAUUUCCAUACUUUCCCUAUUUUGAAAAGUAGCUACUACAGCACUUAAAUUUCUUUUCACUCAUGUUAGUAUCUCCUUUCCUGACAAACUUGGAUGGGAAUCUCAGCAGGUAAUAGAGCGAAAGCUGCUGUUCCUGAAGCUCUGUAGGUUCAGAGUUGUCUGCCACUGGGGAUUUCUGCCAGUGCAAAAUCCUCCUCAGCUUCCUGACUCCCAGAGCAUUGGUGAGGGGCUGGAGCCACAUGCGCAGUGUUCUUUCUAAUCAUCCUUUCCUGCUGGUUCACUGCAAUGCUAUCAUCCAUGACAGACAAAAUGCACCUGCACUGCCA